AUGGCUAAAUGCAUUUCGAUUCUAUCAAUCCUUUUUCUCUCCAUUCUUUGCCAUUUCACUCCAAAUAUUGCAGCUAAUAAUGUGGUACAUUUUGGCGCACGGGGAGAUGGGAGAACAGACUCGACGUUGCCUUUCCUCCGGGCAUGGAUGUCAGCCUGCAGCUCAGCCAGGCCGGCAACAGUGUAUGUGCCCCGUAGAACUUUCUUGAUGAAAACUGUCACAUUUUCAGGCCCCUGCAGGAGCAGAAUUAGGUUUCAGAUAGAUGGAACCCUUGUUGCUCCAAACAAUCAUCGUGCACUCGGAAAUUCGGGCUUCUGGAUUUUGUUUCAUAAGGUCAGUAGGCUCACAAUCUAUGGUGGAACUGUGGAUGCUCGAGGAGCUGGUUUUUGGGCUUGCAGGAAGAAUGGCCGUAAUUGCCCAGCUGGAGCAAGGUCAAUAUCACUAAUUUGGUGUAACAAUGUACUGGUGAGCGGAUUGAAAUCGGUGAACAGCCAGACAAUGCAUAUGGCUAUAGGCCAUUGUAGCAAUGUGAAGAUACAGAAUGUGAAGAUCAUUGCCCCCAGUGGAAGCCCCAAUACAGAUGGCAUUCAUGUUGAAUCGUCAAUUGGUGUUUCAAUCCUGGACAGCAUGAUCAGAACGGGUGACGACUGUAUAUCAAUUGGCCCUGGCUCCAUGAACCUGUGGAUUUCAAGAAUUGGCUGUGGCCCUGGACAUGGAAUUAGUAUUGGUAGCUUGGGCAAUAGUUACAAUGAAGCAGGAGUGCAGAAUGUGACCGUAACUAACUCCAUUUUCACCAAAACUCAGAAUGGAGUGCGGGUAAAGUCAUGGGCAAGACCAAGUGGUGGCUACGCUAGAAAUCUUCACUUUCGAAAUUUGAUCAUGAGAAAUGUUGCCUAUCCCAUCAUCAUCGACCAAAAAUAUUGCCCAGAUAAUGUUUGCCCCCGUCAGGGGUCUGGAGUGAAGAUUAGUCAAGUAACGUACAGAAACAUAAAGGGCACAUCAGCAACCCAAGCAGCAGUAAAGUUCGAAUGCAGUUCCAGUAAUCCAUGUAGAGGAAUCACAUUACACGACAUAAAGCUUACUUACUCCAACCGAUUAUUUGACAGGCCAACGGUGGCUUAUUGUAGCAAUGCAAUGGGAACUCAUAGAGGCUCUGUCUUCCCAAAGAGUUGUUUCUAA